AUGCUUGGAAGAUUUAUCGUCUUAUCAUUGACCGCUUAUAGAGCUUAUUCUCAUAAGUCGCUUAGCAAGUCAGGGAUCCUCAUCGCGAUUAUUACGGGAAUUAUUCAUGCUUUAGCGGAUUCCGCGCUUGAAUUGACCUUACUGGUGACCUUCUUUGUGGUCGGAUCUCAGGCUACUAAAUAUAAACAUGACCUGAAAUCAAAAUACACCAAGGUACUGGGGAAUGGUUCUGACGACACAACACGCUCUUACGUCCAAGUGCUGUCUAAUAGUUUCGUGGCGACACUUCUAAUUCUGGGUUCUUUGUUGACCCUGAUUCCCACGAGAUUCGCCAAAGUAGGAACAAUAGUCAAUUAUUGUGCUGUCACCGCGGAUACUUUGAGCUCAGAAAUAGGCAUCUUGUCCCAAGAGACGCCUGUUCUUUGCUACAAUUGGUCCGCGCAUGUCCCCCGGGGCACGAACGGUGCUAUAUCCAGGCUGGGUUUGUGGGCUGGGUUCUGUGGAAGUUUCCUGAUCGCUCUUGUUUCAGCCGCAUUCUUGAAGUUUGGAUUGAAACGACUAAUCCUCUUCACCGUGUCUGGAGUCAUUGGCUCGCUCAUUGACUCAUUGCUUGGCGCUUUUUGCCAACUCAGUCUGCUGGACUCAGACCUUCAAGUUGUCGUUGAGGGUGCACAAGGUGAAAGGUUGGCCAAAGACUUGCCUGGAACCAAGCCGAUCAGUGGUGCGGAUUUGCUCAGCAAUAAUGCCGUUAAUUUGCUAAUGAGCGCUAUCACUACAUUCUUGUUCGCCUUUCUUAUUGAUUAUCUACAUUAA